AUGAGUGCUCCUACUCUACUUCGUCGCCGAGCAGUGGUCCGAAACAUCGCGUUCGGACUCUCCGGUGGUUUUGCAGCUUCCUAUAUUAUUGACAACCUCGACUCUGUACUAAAAGGCUGGACAAGUCGAUUGUUACUCAAGGCGGCGAAAAGAGUUCAUCGCGAUGGAAGCGAUCGCAAGUUCGUACAAGAAACUCUAUCUAACUUGGCCUUGGACGACUUGGCCAUCUACCUGGAAUCGUUAUCGUCUAUGGAUCAUCUACUCUCUGAUGCCGAGCGCGAUGAGCUAGUGAAAAAGGGCCUAGACAAUUGGGAUCACUGGAAGAACGAUGGUCGUUUUG